AUGUAAAACCGACAAAUAAUCGUCAAAAAAAACGUUUAACAACUCCAGCAGUAGUAGUGCCAUCCAAUGAACCACCUGUCGUCGUUGUCGAACCAAAAAUAUCACCGAUUGAUGGUGAUAAAUUGAUUAAUAUUUGUGUUAAUUUACAUAAAUCAACAUUUAAUUUCAAACCUUCACAAGAAAUCGAUGAAAAACCAGAUCUUUGUUGGCAAAGAACGGAUGAAUUUAGUCAAAAGGGUAUUAUGCAAUGUAUACAAUUUUGUAUGCAAAUGCCAGGGAAUGAUGAAUUAUCCAUUCAAGAACGUGCACAUCUACUUAAAUUAGGUGUACAUGGUGUUGCAUUACUUCGUUUAGCUUAUCGUUAUGAACCAGAAGAAGAUAAAUUAUAUUUAUCAAAUGGUUUAACAGUUGAUGAAAAUAUUCUUAUGACACAAGGUUUUGGAUGUUAUGGACAUACAUUUUUUCAAUUUUGUCGAAUAUUUAGUCGAUUAGAAUUAACCAUUGAAGAAUUUGUACUUCUUUGUUCUAUUAUAUUUUUUAGUCAUGAUCGAAUUGAAGGUGAAACAACGAGAAAUAAAGUUGAACAAAUUCAAACACGUUAUUGUGAAACUGAAAGAUUAUAUAUAACAAAAAAUCGUGCUAAUGAUCAAGUACAUUUUUCAAAAUUACUUCUUCUUCUAUCAAAAUUAAGAGCAUUGGAUGCUUUGAUUGCUGAACGUCUACUUUGUUUACAAAUGAAUACGGAUGGACAAGUACAAAAAUGUAUUUUCGAAGUACUUCAUCGUGAAGCAACGAAUGUUGUUGUCGAUAUGGAAAUUGAUUUUCUUGAUGCUAUUGAUACAAAACCUGAUUAUAGUUGGGUUGAUUCUCCAUCAGAUAAACCAAAUUCAAAUUCUUUACCAACACAACCGAUAGUUAAUAAUAAUAAAUAA